AUAAAAAUAUAUUUUUUGUUAAAAUAUUUUAUGUAUUUAUUCAUGAGAGAUACAGAGGGAAAGGCAGAGACACAGGCAGAGGGAGAAGCGGGCUCCCUGCGGGGAACCUGAUGUGGGACUUGAUCCCAGGACCCUGGGGUCACGCCCUGGGCCGAAGGCAGAUGCUCAACUGCUGAGCCACCCAGGCGCCCCUAAAAUACCUAUACUUAAUGUAUACAUAGGGAGUGUUCAGCUUGAUGACAUAUGACCCACAUACCAUAGAAUUCACCACUUUAAAGUAUUCAACUUCCAGAACAUUCCCUCUCCCUAAAAAGCAACCCCACCCCAUCAGGUGUCACAUCCCCUCCCCUAGCCCCCAGCCCACACAAGCCUCUUUCCCGUCCAUGGAGGAGCCCGUCCUGGACAUGUCACACGCACGGACUGACACCCAUGGGGCCUCCUAUGUUUGGUCCCUCCCUGAGUGUCGUGGGCUUGGGGUCUGUCCCCAGGGUGGCAUGUUGCGCUUUGCCCCUGUUGGCUGCCAAGGGACGUGCCCGUGCAUGGAGCAGAGGCGUUAUGUUUGUCCCUUCACCGUUGAUGGACACUGGGUUGAUUCCAGUCUGGCCGUAUGAACCAUGCUGCCGUGCACGCGCGUGUACAAGUUUUUGUGUGGAUCUGCGUUCUCAUCUCUUUUGGGUGGCUACCUGGGAGCGGAAUUGCUGGGUCACAUGGUGAGUCUGUGUGUUGGAGGAGCUGCCAAAAAACUGGCUUUCACAGCAGCUGCCCCACUUCCCGUUGCCCACAGUGGGGCUGGGGCCGCGGUUUCCACCCGGCCUGGCUGGUGCUCGUGACGCCCGUUGCUGGGCCAGCAGCCACCUUCAUGGCGUGAGGCAAGGCCCUUAUGGCGUUGACUGGCAUUGCCCUAGUGGCCAGUGAUGUUGAGCAUCUUUCCAGCUGCUUCUUGGCCAUUUAUGUCUCCUUUGGAGAAAGAUUCAAUUUUUUUUAUCGAGAUAUAAUUCACAUUCCAUAAAACUCACCCUAUGAAAGUGUACAAUUUGCUGGAUUUUAGCAUAAUCACAGAAUUGUACGGCCAGUUAGCUUGAUGGCUUUUUACAUGUGUAUAGACCUAGAACAAGAUGCAAAGUGUGGGAUGUUCCAGACCCCUUCCCUGGUCUGCUUGCCUCACACUACCACCUUUAUACAUUUACUUGUUUUUAAAUAUUUUUAAAAGAUUUUAUUUGAGAGAUAGAGAGAAUGAGUAGGGGGGAGCUGCAGAUGGAGAGGGAGAAGCAGACUCCACGCUGAGCAGGGAGCCCAAUGAGGGCUCGAUCCCAGGACCUGAGCCAUGACCUGAGCCAAAGGCAGACACCCAACCGACUGAACCACGCAUGCGCCCUUAAAGAUCUUAUUGGGUGUAAGUGGGGUUAAGUGCGUUGGGUGUAAGUAAUCUUCACACCUGACAUGGGGCUUAAACUCACAAUCCCAAUAUCAAGGGUCACACGCUCUACCCACUGAGCCAGCCAGGCACCCCCUAUUUUGUGUUUAAGCUGAUGGGUGCAGGCAGACCGUGGUGUCUGCGAUGCCAUUUCAUUCAACUGAAUGAAUUGGGACCCAAAUCAUUGCGUAAUAACUAGGUGGCUUGGGUCUAGAAGGCUGGAGCCCCCCAGAAGGCAGGGACAGGAUCUCUUUGGGUCAUUGCAGUGUCCCCAGUGCCUGGGACACAGUUGGUGCUCCAUAAAUGCUCACUAGUGACUGGAUCUGGAUGAGUGUUCUAGCCCAGCCCUGGACCCUCUGCCAGGCUCCUUUAGCUUUGACGACAGUGGGACGCUCAGGCACUGGGUGGAUGGGGACCAGGGACGCUGAGUGUCUGGCCCGAGCCCCUCGGCGGCUCCUGGACGGCCGUGCCCCAGAAGGGCUGACGUGGCGCAGCCUGGCCACCUCCCGGCUUGCCGGCCCUCAGACCUGGGCGAGUGAGCAGGAAGGAAGGAAGGCCGGGGUUUAUUUUCGUCUGCGGCCUGCUCCCCCGGGAUGGGAGUCAUCUCCUUGUCUGCCUGCCUGGGUGGGGGGUUUCUGGCCGAACAAUGGGUCGGGGGGGGGGGGGUCAUGCAGCUGGGCUGGCCCAGGUGUUAGCAGGUCUGGGGCCCGCUGGAGGGGUUAGGAGUGCAGAGGCCCGGGGGGAGGCUGCAGCUGCCUCCACCCCCCCCCACCCCCUGGCCUUCUGGGCGCAGGAGGGGGGGCCUGCUGGGGGCCCAGCCCCCCUCCGGAACCAACACACUCAACUUGCAGAUUGGGAGGCCAAGGCCCUGAGAGGGACAGAGCCGCCCCGGGGUCACCCAGAGGCCAAGGCAGGCAGCAGGCCCUGGGCUCAGGGGGGUCCGCUUCCUCUCUGAGCCUGUUUGUCCAUCUGUAAGCGGGGGAGGCUGAGCCCAGGGCCCUGGGGGGUUUGUGGACAUCCUUUCCCUCACACAUUCAGUGAGCACUUACGGAGCGCCUGCUGUGUACCGGGCCCUGGGCUGACCACCGGAGGCGCCGUGUGAACAAGGGAGACCCAGCCCCGGCCUCCCCAUCAGGCGAGGGGGAGAACAGCGAGAUCAAGGUGUGCAAGGCCAAGAUGGAGCAUGGCCAGGGUGCCAUGGGAGCCAAGGGGCAGCUGGCCCAGCCUGGGACACCCAGGACGGCCUCCGGGAGGAGGUGACCAUGACGCUGGCACUUGGAUGAGCAGUUAACAGGAUGAGUAAUAGGGAGGUGCUGGGACAGGGAACAGAACAGAACUUUCUAGAGAGAGUGGUGGGAAGGCAUCUGGGAGGCCUAGGUACUCCUUGUGCCAAGUGGCCAGCCUGAAAGUUAAAUCCAGGCAGGCCACCCAGCCCCUCGCCCAGGGAGAGCUCACAGCCUGGGGGGCAUUGGGGUUGGCCGCAUGCUCCGGCCCCAGGACAGUGUUAGUUUGGACUUUCCCCCAUUUUACAGAUGAAGAAACUGAGGCACGGUGUAGUCGUGGUGCUUGACCAAGCGGUCAGAUCUGGGAGCAGGCCCUAAGUACUGGGGACCUGGCACAGAAACAGCUCCCGGCCCUCGAAAACUCGAGCCGAUUUGCAGGCAUCACGUGGGGAAGGGGAGACAGGCACACAGAGGCAGGCCGCUGCCACCGCCGUGUGGCCUUGGGGACGUGUCUCAGCCUCUCUGAGCCUCGGUAACUUCUUCAGCAAACUGGCAGCCAGCCUGCUACCUGGUGGAAAUGACGAAUCGGGCACCCGCUGCCGGCCCAGGCCUGCCACGUGGUGCUGAGUCAGCGGCAGCCCGCUCUGGCCCAGGCCCCGCGCUCCGGGGGCCCGCGUGGGAGGCACGGAGGGCGGCCCCGUUAUCCCCGUGCCCACCCCGACCUCUGAGGCCAGGCCACGGGGCAGCCCCGGGGGUGGGCCUGGUCUCGGGGCGGGAGCGCUUACAAAGACGGGCUUUGUAGGGGCUCUGGGGGCUGGGUGGGCACCCACGUGGCCUUCCUGGGCUGACCGGCCUGGGGCCCGUGGGUGAGGGGGGUGGGUGGGCCUCAGGCUCGCCUCGUUCGCUUUCCCGACGUCUCCAGGACACGGUGGGUGAGGAAGCAGGCCCCUUGCCUCCCCUGUGGGCCGGGCUGCUGCAGGCCAGGGCCGAUGGACGCCUUCAGCACCAAGAGCCUGGUCCUGCAGGCCCAGAAGAAGCUCCUGAGCAAGAUGGCAUCCAAGGCCACCGUGGCCGUGUUCAUCGACGACACGAGCAGCGAGGUGCUGGACGAGCUGUACCGCGCCACCAAGGAGUUCACCCGCAGCCGCAAGGAGGCCCAGAAGGUGCUCAAGAACCUGGUCAAAGUGGCCGUGAAGCUGGGCGUCCUGCUCCGCGGCGGGCAGCUGGGCGGCGAGGAGCUGGCGCUGCUGCAGCGCUUCCGCCACAGGGCGCGCCGCCUGGCCAUGACCGCCGUCAGCUUCCACCAGGUGGACUUCACCUUCGACCGGCGCGUGCUGGCCGCCGCGCUGCACGAGUGCCGCGACCUGCUGCACCAGGCCGUGGGCGCGCACCUGACCGCCAAGUCCCACGGCCGCAUCAACCACGUGUUCGGCCACUUGGCCGACUGCGACUUCCUGGCCGCGCUCUACGGGCCCGCCGAGCCCUACCGCUCGCACCUGCGCCGCAUCUGCGAGGGCCUCACCAGGAUGCUGGACGACGACAGCAUAUGACGCCGGGCCCGGGUUUCCUGCGGGGCGGGGGCGGUUCGAGGAUCUCCUUUCUCCCAUCCCAUUCUGGCCAAGGCCUCGGGACACGUCCCCUCGGAGAGGAUGCGGAUCCGCUGGAAGCAGCUGUGUAAGGCCCCGGGUCCCUUCCGCCCCAAUUCCGGAGGAGCCCGGCCCGCCCCUCCAGCCACUGGAUGCCUCUGAAAGCUGGCGCUCGCCACUUAACCACGUUAACGAUGUUGCCUGUUCCUUCCGACAGGGUAACGAUGAACCAGAAGCCAGGGAGUGUUAGGGGGUGAGCUGCAUCUCCCCUUAGUCUUUGAGGUCCUAGCCCCCAGGAUCUCUGAAUGUGACCUUAUUUGGAAAUAGGGUCGGUGCAGAUGUACGUCUAGUUAAGACACCACCACGCCGAGUCCAGCUGGGCCCCUGGUCCUUGUAAGAAGGGGGCGUUCGGACGCAGAUAAGGCCGUGUGAAGAUGGGGGGGGCGCUGCAGGGUUGUGUCUACAAGCCAGGGAACCCCCGGGACUGCCAGCAGCCUCCAGAAGCCAGAGGGACGCCUGGAGCGGCCGUUAGGAGCCAGCCCCGCUGACACCCUGACGGCUGACUCUGGCCUCCAGAACUAAGAGGGAACACAUUUCUCUUGCUGCGCCUGCCCAGGGGGGCAGCGGGGUACACUCGGUUCCAGCAGGGAAGGUGUGUAGGGAGCCUAGAAAAGUGCUGGGGUGGCUGCUAUCGGUAAGGACGCCUCAGUGGGGUUGGAAUUGCAGCCCUGACUCCCACAGGGAGGGGACGGUGUGCCCCCCACUCAGGGCUCCAGCGUAAGGCCAUCUGAGAUGCACGCCCAUUUUAAGAUUAUUUCAUUUGCGUUCAGUCGGCCAACUUUUUUACGAGACCUCAGAAAGCAAACCUCAACAGAUUUUGGCUUUGGGGACACCCAGAGAAUGCAGGGAUUCUCAGCUCAGGUGCAGAUGGACACAUGGGGUGUGAGCGUGUAUUUGUGAUUCUUGUCUGUCAGGAGGGGCGUGUGUUUUAGCAGGCCUGCGGCAGGUGGGCCGAGGCAGGGGUGGGAAGGUUAUUCAGGGCACCCAUGGGACUGGGGGGGGGGGCAUGACGACGUCUCCUGACAAGUUUUGCAGACCCAGGUCUGUUGGGCAAAGCUUUCACAGAGCCCUGCAGGCCUUUUUAGGCAAGACGCCGGGACUGGUCAGCCCUGUCGCCCGAGGCAGCGGCAUUAUUCAAAAGCAAGGACACUGCGUACCAAUCCAGGUGUGGAGCUCGCCUCCAACACUCGCCUGAGCCCGCACCGCCUGCUGGUGCAGCCGCCUGGCCGCUGCCCCUCUGGCCGCCGCAGUCCCCACCACACCCUUUCGCCUCUGCUGCCCCCGCUGCGCUGACGCAGCGCUACUGCCCCCGCGGCAGGACGGCCUUUCUCUGGUUUCUGCUUCCCCAAGGAAGCCAGAGUUCUCCUGCCCGGGAGCCAGCUGUCCCACCUCUGCCCCACCCCAAGGAGAACCUGCCCCCCCCAUCUUGUCAGGAGACAGAUCUUCACGUCCGAGAACAAACGUGCACUCUGAGCACCCGAGAGGCCCCAGGGGCUUGGAAAGCCUCCGUCCUCAGCUUGGCACACCGAACGCAUCAACGUGCGUAACACUUUGUUCUUGUGUCCUGCUGGGCUGUCCAGCCUGUCUUGGCUCUUCAUACGUUUGAAAUUUAAUUUAGAAAAACCAAAGCGCUACAGAACUAUUUAAAUAAAAGCACGUAUCUUCCAUUUGCAUUA